CGACCUACGCCACGCGACAGAGGAGAGCUCAACUAUAUCAGCACACCUACACGGCUACACCGCCCUCUCUAGCCCGCUCGCUCAUUCAUUUCAUUCCCCUCUCUCUCAGCCUGCUAGGCAGCUAGCUCCAUGUGCGCCGUCGCAGCAAGACCUCGCCAUUAAGUUAACCCCCUUCCGAUCUAUAAUACAUCGAUCUCAGAGCUAAAUUGCUAAGCUAGAUUGAUCGCUUGGCCAUGGAGAAGAAGGCGCAGUGCGGAGCCAAGAGCAAUGUUGCCGUUCACCGGGGCGCGACGGCCGGUGGCUCGGGAAAGCAGCGGAAGCGGAAGGGCGGCGGCGAGCCAAUCAAGGUGGUGUACGUCAACAACCCGAUGCGGGUGACCACGGACGCCGCCGGCUUCCGCGCGCUCGUCCAGGAGCUCACCGGCCGCCACGCCGACCCGGCCAAGUACGGCGCCGGCACCGUCAGUGGCGAGAGCAGCGGCAGCCCGGCCGGGCCGCGGAUGGCGCCCAGCCCCGGCAGCACCGAGGAGUCCUCGGACGGCGCCGGAUCCGGAGCCGGAGCCUGCCACGACGACUUCCCGGCGCCGCCGCCGGCGUGCUACGGCUAUGGCUAUGACGACGAGGAGAGCUUCGCGCCGCAGCUGAUCGACAACAGGUACUCCGUCUUCUCGCCGCCGACGUUCCUCUACGCAUCCUCGCACAACGAGCCGUGAUGUGAUCGAUCGGGUAUGUGGUAUCCAUUCCAUUCAAAGCUUCAUUAUCGAUCUGAGCAGGCGGCCCCGUGGUGGAAUUGAGCUGUGUGUGGAAACAUACAUGUAUGUAUAUACAGAUGUAUAGCUCUAAUUUCAUGAGGACUGUACGUACUUGUAUCGUAUGUACAUAUGUGUGUGUUUCCUUUUUUUCUUAUACUCCUAACUGUCAAGGAGUACUAAUUACUAGUUAACUUCGAUGUUUAGCGCAACUAAAAUUAAAUUGUGUAUUAAUUGCUACCUUGAAUCGUUGUAUAUAGCACUACUCCUGUGGCGCGCCGGAGGGAGUACUACUUCUAGUAGCUUCUGUUUCUGCCGUUCUGCGCGAGAGAGAAAGUGACUGCUGUAUUUCAUGGGUGCAUGCCAGACGAUCCCUCAAUUAAUGGAUGAUUACGUCGCAA